AUGGCGGCAUCACUCAAGGGCAGUUCGAUGUCAUGGUUCCGUGACCAGAUCAAUGUCGCCAACUCCUUCCACCUAUGGAAAGCAUUCAAUUUCUUUGAAGUUUCUGAGGUUCAUAUCCCGGAGGGGCCAUCUAUCUUCACAGCUGAUGUUAGCUGCGUAUGCACAGGAUCCGAUAACCUCUUCCUCGGUACUACAGAUGGGUUCAUCCAUAUUCUCUCGCAGACCUUCAAGGUCAUCCGUUCCUUCAAGGCUUACGAUACGGGUUCAAUCACGCACAUGAAACAAAUCGCCUCAACCUCAUAUCUAGUAACACUCAGUGAGGAUUUAUCGAACGAUCCCGUUCUAAAAGUAUGGGCUUUAAACGAAGCGGACAAGAAGACCGGCGAUCCACGAUGUUGUUCAACCAAGUCGGUGCAUAAUAAGAAGAGGCAAUUUCCUGUUUCGGCGUUUGUCGUGUUGGACGAUUUAUGGCAGGUUGCUGUAGGGUUUGCGAAUGGCUCUGUGACCCUUUUACGCGGAGAUUUGAUUCACGACCGAGGUGCGGAACAGCGAACGGUCUUUGAAUCAGAGGAGCCAAUAACUGGGUUGGAGGCGAAGCGGGGAGCUACGACAACGCUAUUUAUCGCUACUACUGGGCGGAUACUGGCGUUAAUAAUUAGUGGGAAAGGCGACGGCCAACCUGCUCGAACGUUGGAAGACCUUGGAUGCGGUGUGGGAUGUAUGUCCUUUGAUAGGGAUACGGGUGACAUUCUGGUUGGGAGGGAAGAUGCCAUAUACACCUACCGGACAAAUGGUCGUGGCCCGAGCUUUGCAUUCGAUAGUCCGAAAACGUCAAUUGACAUCUUCAAGGACUAUGUUGCUUUGGUUUGCCCGCCGCGCGUGCCGCUAGCCAAAUCGGAUGCUCUACGAAAAUUCGGGGGUAGUCAGGUGGAUGAGCUAUUCAAUACAUCAACUUUUACGCUCCUUGAACCGGACCUGAAAUUUGUCGCCCAUUCUGAAUCGAUAUCCUCCAAGGUCAAGAAUAUAUUCCAGGAAUGGGGAAAUUUGUUUCUUGUUACUGUGGACGGCAAGGUGUAUCGAUAUCGUGAGAAAACCCUACAACAAAAACUGGAAAUUCUAUACCAAAGGAAUCUCUAUAUUUUGGCGAUCAACCUGGCCCAAAAGGCUGGCGUCGAUACGUUACAACAGAAUAUCAUUUUCCGCAAAUAUGGUGAUUAUUUGUAUCAGAAAGGCGACUAUGAUACCGCGAUGCAGCAAUAUCUCCGUGCGAUAGAUAAUACAGAGCCAUCCCAAGUCAUCCGCAAGUUCCUUGACACGCAACGUAUCCAUAACCUUAUCGAAUACCUCGAAGAGCUCCAUGACCAUGAAACGGCCACGGCAGAUCAUACUACUCUUCUUUUGAAUUGCUACGCGAAAUUAAAAGACACCACUAAACUCGAUUCGUUCAUAAGGGCUCCUGGUGAAUUAAAAUUCGAUUUGGACACGGCCAUUGCGAUGUGCAGACAGGGCGGCUAUUUCGAGCAAGCGACCUAUCUAGCGACGAAACACGGAGAGAAUGAUAUGGUUGUUGACAUUCUGAUCGAAGACUCGAAAAACUACUCUGAAGCGUUACAGUUUAUUUGGAGUCUUGAACCUAGCCUGGCUUAUCCCAACCUCAUGAAAUAUGCGCGAGUUUUGCUCGAACAUUGCCCGCAACCGACUACGAAAAUCUUCAUCGACUAUUAUAUGGGGAAGUAUCAACCUAGGAGAAAGAAAGAGGCAGAAGUAAUUAAGGAUGAAAGGUCUCAGACUUCAGGGGGUCUUCAGAACCUAGCUUCACUUAUACCUUUGCCGUAUCUUAACGCAUCCAGAUCUGGAAAUGCAAAGUCUUCGAUUAGUGAGCCGCAAGUCGCAAACGAGGUAGAAGAGCCGCUUGUAUAUGACAUCCCAAAGCCGAGAACAGCCUUCUCUUCGUUUGUUGAUCACCCACAGGAGUUUAUAAUUUUCCUAGAGGCCUUGAUCGAAAAACCUGAAUUAAAGGAGGAUGACAGGACUGACCUAUAUACCACAUUAUUUGAAAUGUAUCUGGACACCGCAAGCCGCAAGAAAGAUCCUUCUGAGAAGCAAGAGUGGGAAUCGAAAGCCAAACAGCUAAUUAAAGGAAAGGAUAUUCCUGUUUCUACUUCGAAUGUUCUUUUGCUGUCGGACCUGUCCGGAUUUCAAGAAGGGACAACCCUUGUUCGAGAACAACAAGCUUUGCGAUCAGAUAUAUUGCGGUCAUACAUCUCAGCUAAGGAUACUCCCGGUGUAAUCAAGGCACUGAGGAAAUAUGGACCUGAGGAGCCUCAACUAUAUAUAGACGCACUUGCGUAUUUCGCAUCAAGCCCUAAAACCUUAGAAGAAGCUGGGGACGAGCUGAACACUGUUUUGAAACGGAUUGACCGAGAUGGAUUAAUGUCGCCGCUCCAGGUUAUUCAGACCCUUAGCAACAGUGCAGUGGUCACGAUGGGCAUGAUUAAGAAGUAUCUCAGCGACAACAUAGAACGGGAUAGGAAGGAAAUCUCAAACAACCGCCGCCUCAUCGCCAGUUACACCACCGAAACGGAGGCCAAACGCCAGGAAAUCUCCGAACUAGGUGCCAAGCCCACCGUCUUUCAAGCCCGUCGCUGCUCCUCCUGCGGCGGCAACUUGGACCUUCCAACCGUACAUUUUCUCUGUAAACACUCAUUUCAUCAACGCUGUCUGAACACCGUCGACGCGGAUUUAGAGUGCCCGCUUUGUGGACCGCAGAAUGCAACGAUUAGAGCUAUUCGAGAACGCCAGGUCAAGGCAGCGGAUCAACACGAGCUUUUCCAAGCAGAACUACAGCGGAGCGGGGACCGAUUUGGGCUUAUCAGUGAGUUUUUUGGGAGAGGAGUAAUGAAGCCUGGGAAUCUCGAAUAA